UCCCGUGUGUAGGGAAAUCGCGGGGAAAACAAUAGGAAAACACCACCAACAGCAUCCGGCCAGCAGCAUCAGAUGGGCGACCAGCGUCGUGACGGGACAGGCUUUGAGUUCACAUUUAUUGAAUUAAGCUUAUCAUUUGAUUUCGGCAAAUGCAAGCAACCGGUCGCACAGCCAGAGCAGGUCCUGUCGUUCGAAUAGUAAAGUUUUGAGUCGAGAUUUCACCGUGGUCCAUAUAGGCUAUUCGUCGUGCUGGAUGCUGGGUAUACAGUCCCGCUUUUCCGAGAAGUGUCCAACUAGGAGAAAUAGUUUGAAUAAGAGUUUUGUGAAGAAUUGCAUCUGAUCGUGGAGUUGUGAAGGGUGUAGACUAACCAAUGAGUGAAUAUCUUUGAUCAUGUGCUGAAGUUCGACAACAGAUCUAGUGAACGUGGUGCAAAUGAAAUAAUUGAGAUCGCCGUGCUGUGAGGAAUUUUCAACUAAAGUUUUUGAAUCUAAAUUCCCACACCUCAGCACAGUUCUUCUGUACGAGCUGCGAAUUUAUGCGAAUGGGCAAUAUCCCAUCAGCAGGUGUGGUAAAACAUUGUGUGCAAGGUGACGACGUGAAAAUCGGCAGUUCAAUUCGAGAGCGUACGAGGGAGCAAUACACAGAAAUUCAUGGAUAAUAAAAAUAAAUAACGCCAAAAAAAAAGAGCAAACGAAGGAACGAAAUUGCACAUCAACAAUAACCUCGCAGACGCGGUGGAAAGGAGGUGUACGAGAGCGGAGGUCGGGAAACCCCUCGGAAAAGCCAACUGACAGACAUUUCGACGCGUAAGUGCGCAGCGGUCUCGGUGUGGAUCGAGUGUGUACAGGUGAAAACGUAAAGAAGAGAAGAAAAACACACCAAAUUGGGUGUAAAAUAUUGUACGAAACAAGUACGCGCCAAUCGAGUGGAGCAGGAAAUUAAUAUUUAAUUUCAAUUCAACCAAACGAUCCCCCGGUUGUGUGUGUGUUUUUGGCUUCCUCGUUUCAUCUGUUAACGGUGUGCGAAAGGUGCGAAUUUGGUGCUUGUUUUGUGAGUUUCCAUUCCCGGUGAUUUGGAACAUCGAAUCGAAAUGGGUUUUUCGCGGUAGAAUUCAAUUCUCCUUUUCCAUUUGCCAUCCGCAGCUGGUUGGGCGGAAUAGUAGUGAUCAGUGAAAGUAUUAUUGCAAUCAGCAUUAUCAUCAUCAACGUCCGCACCGGGAAAGUAGCUCGAGCCGUUACUCGUGCAAACGUUGCGCCUGGAAGGUAGGCAAUACGGGGAUACUCGAUAGUGGUGAGAAAGGUUUGUUUACAUCGUAUUGACAGUUGUGUGCGCGAUUGUGGUUGGUUCAGCAAAACGGGUUAGAAAAGCUCCUGGCAGACUAAACGCUUCUUUCGAAGCAAACGACCCCGUGUGUGUAACAUUUCUUCGUGGUGACCCCGGACCCCAUAAAAGUCGCCAAAAUUUAUCCCCACGAUAUGGACUAUUCGUACCUCAACCAGGCGGCAGCUAGCUUCGACUCUAGCUGCCUCCAGGGUGGUAUGGAUCCGACCGGGCUCGGCAAUAUGCCAUGCUCGUACGGGGACCUUACGUCCUGCAGUCAGAUGUCGCAGGCGGCCUAUCGCUACACGGCUGCUGCGGCGUCCAUGGCACGGUCGUACAAUCCCGUCGGCACCGGCGUCGGACCGGGGAAUGUGACGAUGAGUGCACUGCACCAUGCAGCUGCUGCAGCCGGCCCAGGAUCGCAGUGCUCGGUGAUGGGUGGCCGGACACACCAGGACGUGCAUAGGGCUUCGAUGUUCCAGACUUCGAUGAAUCUUCAGUCUGGCCUUCCGUACAAGGUGUACGCCGGGCACGAUUCGGUACUGGCGGAAAAGCGUAAACAGCGCCGGAUACGAACGACCUUCACCUCGGCCCAGCUGAAAGAACUCGAACGAGCCUUCCAGGAGACGCACUAUCCGGACAUUUACACGCGCGAAGAGAUAGCGAUGAAAAUCGAUCUGACGGAAGCACGCGUACAGGUCUGGUUCCAGAACAGACGGGCCAAGUUUCGCAAGCAGGAACGCAUCGCCCAGCAGAAGGUGUCCAGCAACAAUAACAGCAGUAGCAGCAGCAGCAGCAACAGCAGCAACGGCAGCACCAACAACAAUGGCACCGGUGGCAGUAGCGCUAAUCAAGAUUCAUCGUCCGUGAAGAGCGAACAGAAGUCGUCGUCGUCGGUGGUGAACGGUGGCAGCACGACCCCGAAGGACAUCAAGCCGCCCGGUUCACCCUGCCUGUCCGUCACCACCCUGUCCACCACGCCCAACUCGAGCGCCUCCUCCCACCAGUCGAACGGUGAUAUCAAACCAAUUAAUGGAAAACUGACAGACGAUCUGAACGGGGCGAGUCUUCACAGCGGACCCAACCAUCAUCAUCUCGUGGUCAGCAACGGUACGAACAACAACAACAACAGUCACCAUCACCACAACAACAACAACAACAGCAUCAGCAACAACAAUAACAACAACAACAAGUGGAACCCGUCCUGUAAUCCGCUGCUGCAGAACCAGAAGGCGGCCAAUCAUCUGAGCAUGAAUCAUAACCUCCAAAACCAUCAUCAUCACGCGGUGGCGGCCCUGUCCUCACCGUUCUCCUCGUUGCUGGGCGCGGCUGCCGGUGGCGGUGCGGCCGGAUAUUUGUUGGAUCCGCUCGGUGGACUCAACAAGACGACGGCCGCCAAUCAUCUGUUCUAGAGUGCGCUGGAUGGAGAGCGGCCUGGUAGCGCGUAGGGCUGGUUUAAUUAAGGAAUUUCGAGGGAGCUGAGGGUCUGUUCAUUAGAGACCUCAAAUUCUGACCCAGGAUGUCCUCGGCUAGCUCGUGGGCAGGGGACAUCAGGGUCACGGUGGAGGAACAAAUGCAAGAGAGUAUGAUUGGAACACCUUCAUUUUUCGGUCUGAGCUGUCACUAAAAAUAAGUCCCACAAGAGAGGGCGGUGGAAAAAAACAACGAGAGAGAGAGAGAGAGAGGGUACAAUACCCGUUGGAUUAAUUAAGGCAAAGGUUCAACCCGUCGUUGGAUAUGGACCUGGAGGGACCCGGUGACGAGGAUCGGAUAGAGAUGACAGCGACGUCAGUCUGUCAUCAUCAGCGUAGGUGACAUUAAUCAAAAAAUUUAAGUGAAAAAGUGCAUAAUAAGUAGAGGCACCGAAGAAGGAUUGUGAAGAUAUUGGUGGAGUCCGGCAAGAAUUCAACUACGAUACGGAUGGGACAUAAAGCGAUACGGUUUUGUAUACGGAGCACUGGAAGCAUCUAUAUUUCCGAUUAAUGUAGGAAUCGUUUGUGGAUGGUAACACUAAAACAUUUAAAUACUUCUACUUACUAGCUACUUAAACAGCCAUUUCCAACCAGCAACCAGUUUGUAAAUAAAUACCUCCCAAAAAAAAAAACGGUUUGAAUCACAUACUAGUUCCAUCGGGAACAGGUGCCAGAUGUAGAUGUGUACAUACUAGCGCUAACACUUCACAGAUUAAUUUAAUCCUACUACACUCAUACACAGCAACAAACGCGUUGGAAAUGGCGCGAAUCACGCGACUUUCAGCUGGAACCGAUCCAAAUAGAAUUCCGGAAGCGUUGAAGCUAGCAGAAAUAAAUACCUUUCCCCUUUGAGCGUAGUGUAUCUGGAGACGAGGACACUUAAAUUGUUGUACAGCUACAGUGUAGGUUCGAGAGGUAGACUUAAUUGCUUGUAGAAUUCAAAUAGCCGGUUCUCUGUAAAUGCGUCCCGGGGAGCUAGUCGAUAAUGUGAAGGGUUGUGUUUUGGUUAUUUUAUGUUCUUAUCUUUAUUUUCGAGGAGUGGAACUUGAUCGAGAAAUGAUAUCCCAAAUGGGAAAGAAAGCCUGCAGUAAUGAGUCUAACCGAUAGUCCAAAUAAUGUCAAAUGUAAAACGAAAAAGAAUUAAACAAAACAGCCCCACAUUGUACGAUAGGUUGAUGCUACAAGAGUAAGUCAAAUAUACUAAGAUUCGGAUCAACAACACAAA